AUGAGGGCUGCCUCACUGUCUGGGCCUGCGACGGCUGGUUUUUCGUACGCCCUCCUAUUGAACUUCUUGACAGUUUUGCAAGCAGUUCCUACUGUGGGACUAUCAUUUACUUCGGUUUCGGAACCUCAGUUGGAUCUGUCGCCUUUAGGCCGAGUCGCUUUUACGGGAGAUUUCGAUGCUGUGUCAAUUUAUUCGUAUACCGAACAAUCGAAGACAGCUUCGGUCCACGAUGCCGGACAAUCGAUUCUGACACCACUUCCAAAUGGCGGGCUUACAGCGCUUUCGUCCUCCAAUGCCCAGAUUCGUGCAAUGUGCGCAUUCACGCGAAAGGAUGGAACCUACGAAGGUAUCUUUGUCGGAGGGAACUUCACUAAGCUAGGCGGCGUUGAAACCAAGGGUGCGGCGCUAUACAAGCCUGACUCGAACGAAGUUACAGCUUUGCCUGGUCUCUCAGGGUCGGUCUCGGCGUUGCUGUGCGACCGGGAGACCAACAGUGUCUACGUGGGUGGUUACUUCAAAUACGAGAACACAUCGAACGCGGUCGCUUGGGUUGGAGGUGAAGGCUGGAAGACACUGCCCUUCGAUGGGCUCAAUGGGCCGGUGGAAUCCAUCCUGAAGAAUGACGAUGGUCAUUUAAUUUUCGCUGGAUCAUUCGAUGGCGUCGGCAAUUCCACAUCGUCCAAGAAGAAGGAGCAGAUUGUCAACCUCCAGGAUGCCACAAUUACCUCCGAUGCAGUCUCGUCGAGAUCAGGCUACAGUGACCCGAGGAAUGUUAUUUGCCAAACCAGUGGCGAGGACGGCGAAGGAAAGACAUGGUUGCUUGCUGAUACCUCGCCAGGCUUCUGGAGAGCAGAUAUGGGUUUUGAGUACAGACCUACUAAACUCCGUCUGUACAAUACCCAUUUCGAGGGCAGGGGCACCAAAACCUUCCUGUUCAGAAGGCUUCCGGACAAUGGCAUCAUGAAUUUCACAUACACAGAUCCUGAUACUGGCUACGACGUUCAUUGCGACUCUACUUGCCCCCUGUCCGACAGCGCAGACGAGGAAUACCGUGACUUCGAAUUUGUGAAUGUCGUGGGCAUGAGCGGAUUUCAAAUUGAAAUCUCCGACUGGUAUGGAUCUGGUGCCGGAUUGAAUGGAAUUGAGCUCUUUCAGGAAGACAUCUUCGCCUAUGCCGUGAAUGCGUUUAACGAGCCGACAUGUGCAAGCAUCAAGUAUCCUUCCAAAGCAACCCGGACGGGCUCUUGGUCGACAACAGAGUCCGGGCAGAGUUCAUCCAAGUACUUAACGGCUCAUGUCACCGAUUCUACUGCGGACGGCGCUUCUGUGGUCUUUGAGCCCGACGUCAAUCAGUCCGGAAACUAUAGUAUUCUUCUUUACACCCCUGGGUGCAUUCAAGAUGGAACCUGUGGCUCACGCGGUGUCGUCAACGUGACAGCCACUGUUACAACGGAUUCCGACGAGCCUAUUCAGACUGUUAUCCACCAAACCAAUCUCUACGAAAAGUACGAUACCAUCUACACCGGUCAUGUCGAUGCCAGCGGUAGUUCGUUUCGUCCGCAGGUGAAGCUGACUCCGGUGGCCGGCCAAGGAGACAUCACGGUGGUAGCAUCGAGGGUCGAGUUUAUGCUCACGAAUGCAUCAAGCAAUUCGACAAGUGGAGACUUGAAUGGACUUUUUGAAUAUGAUCCCGCUUCCAAGGAUACAAGCGCGAAUCUGACACAAUCUGCCGUGAAUAAAGCGGGGCUACAACUUGACUCUGGUGCAUCUGUGAAGGCUUUGGCCAAGCAUGACAAUAGAAUCUAUGCUGGGGGAAAUUUCUCAGAUUCUUCCAUCCACAAUAUCAUGUUUUUCAGUGAUGGAAAUGCGACUGCAAUGGCUGGGGGUGGUUUGGAUUCUGAAGUCACAUCGAUGGCGGUUCUGGACGACUUCCUCUACGUGGGAGGAAACUUUACCGAUACAUCUGAUGGCGGCAACCCGAACCUCAAACACAUCGCAGCUUAUUCUUUCGAUACUAAAACCUGGUCAGCUCUGGGCGGUGGUGUUAACGGCCCUGUCGACCGGAUAAUACCUUUACAGUUGAACGUCUCCAUGGAACUCAAUGAGACUGUGGUUGGGGUGAGCGGUGGUUUCAGCCGGAUACUCUCGUUUGGCAAUGAAUCAGCGUUCGAUGUAUCUGGGUUUGCUGUGUGGGUUCCCUCGCGCAAAAACUGGCUUCAAAAUCUUAACGUCAGCCAAAUCGAGUACACCGGGCAAUUAGCCUCUUACGCCAAAUAUGAAAACACAACUAUUCUCGCAGGCAAUCUAGCUUCAGGCGGUAUUGCAGCGGCAGGCGCUGUGGCGCUGCUAUAUAAUGAUGGGAUGAGUCUGGACCCCUUAUUGUCAAAGGUGGGCGGAACUGAUACCAGUGCUGGGACAUUCACCGGCACUUAUGACACAAAUUCUGGCCGCAACCUUACUAUUCUUGGUGGUCAUUUCACGACUAUCGCCAGCGAUGGUUCUUCAGUCCAAAAUCUCGCUAUUCUGAAUGGCGCUGACAAUACCAUCCGCGGCAUUGCCUCGGGGCUCGACAGCAAUUCCACCUUUUUGGCCUUGGCCGUCUCAGACGAUACCCUGUUUGCAGGUGGGAAUGUCACCGGAACCGUGGGCAAUUCCAUGAUUAAUGGGUUCGUGGCAUACAACUUGAAGAACGAGUCGUUCGUUGAGAAUGUGCCUCCCCCAUUUACCGGGAAAGACGUCUCCGUCAAUGCAAUAGCCUUCCGCCCCGGAACCACCGAAAUCUAUUUCGGGGGCAGCUUCCAAACAGCUGGAGCACUCCCUUGCCCGGCCGUCUGUUUCUAUGAUACAACGGAGGCACAGUGGACUCGACCAGGUGUGACUUUAUAUGGUAACGUCUUGGCACUCAAGUGGAUCAACAAUAAGCAAUUGAUUGCCGUUGGAAAUCUUACUGUUUCGGGAAAUCAGACUGUCGUUGCGACCUACAGUCCUAAAGAUCAGAGCUGGGAGCCGUUGGCCGGGACCUCUACGGCCGACACUCUUGGAACUGUCACAGCUUUUACUCCUGCCAACACGGAUGUUUCAAGAUUCUGGCUCGCUGGAGAAUCGAAGAAUGGCUCUUCUUUCCUCGCAAGUUACGAUGGGUCUAGUCUCCACUUCGCUGGAAGCAUCUUCGGAGACGGCACGACCAUACGCAGCCUUGAGAUCCUCCCACUGUCCCAGAAGCAUCGUGAUAUUUCUGUUCUCAAUGAUGAUCAGACCCUGCUGAUCACAGGACAACUUGUAAUUCCCGAUUUCGGCAAUGCAUCCGCUGCUCUAUUCAACGGAACCGACCUGACUCCGUUUCUCCUGUCCUCGAAGUGGGAUGGCCAGUCGGGCAGUAUGUCUCAAUUGUUCUAUGAGAACAAGAAUCCUUACACCAGUGGUGGCCAUCACCACUCGAACGGAAUAGUGGUCCUCGUAGCUUUCUGCUGCGCUCUUGGUUGCGUGUUCUUAAUUGUCAUCGCCGGAGUUAUCUUCAAUAAGAUUCAGCGGCGCCGCCAGGGCUAUAUGCGCGCCCCCCAAGCAUAUGGAACCGACCGGCCGUCGACCAUGCGACGGGUUCCUCCAGAAUACCUGUUCAACACGCUCAAGCAUCCGAACCCAGGUACACCAGUGUUAUGA